AUGGGAGAAAUCCAAGGUCUGGCACCCUCAUGGCUUCUGUUGGACAGGUCAGUUUCAACAAAAGACAUUAACAUCAGCGGAACACUCAGCGUUCGUGUCUAUCAACCGCCAAGAAUCAAUGAGAGUGACUCACUUCCAUUGGCCCUAUAUGCUCAUGGCGGCGGUUGGGCGUUCGGAGGCCUAGACGAUGACGAUGCACUCUGCCGCUUCAUUGCCCGUACUGGGCCUAUGGUAGUAGUCUCGGUUAAAUACCGGUUGGCCCCCGAAUAUCCCUUCCCUGCGGCGUUGGAGGACUGUAUAGACACUAUUCGAUGGGUGAAUCAACAUUCUGAAGAGUUAAAUGCAAACUCUGCUAGCCUUGUGACGGUUGGUCAAAGCGCUGGAGGAAAUCUUGCGAUCGCAACUGCCCUUAAGUGCCUAGAGAAUGACAUCGCACACCCAAUUGGCGUAGUCGCCAUUGUUCCUAUUACUUGUCACCCAGAUCACUGUCCUCGGGAGCUUGCAAGGCAAUAUACCUCUUACGAGGAGAAUGCUUACACACCUAUGACAGCUGCCACAACUAUGAGAUCACUUUUUGAUCUAUAUUCGAAGAGCCCCGAAGAUCCCUAUAUCUCAGUCUUGCUUCACAGCAACCUCUCCAAGAUGCCGAAGACAUACAUUGCGAUAUCGGAGAAGGAUACCUUGCGUGAUGACGGAAGACUGUUAAAGAAACGUCUGGAUGAAUAUGGGGUGCCCAAUAGAUGUGAUGAGUAUAUAGGGCAGCCCCAUUAUUUCCAUACAAUGCCAAGCAAACAUUUGAGGACGGAAAGGGAUCUUUUCUAUAAAAAUUUGGCAAAGGGGUUAAAAUUUGUGUUGAUGUGA